AUCUCUCUCUCUCUCUCUCUUCUUUCUCUCUCCUCUUUCUCUCUCUAAUCUCUCUCCUCUCUAUAGUUUCACUAUCAUCAGUCACAUAAACCGCGUUUCCCCCAUCACUCUCCGCUAGGGCCCCACCCAAUCCCUUGUCUCUUAAUUUCUGCAGCCGCCCCUAACCACCGUCAAAUCUCUCUUUCGAGGGUUUGAUCGUGUGUUUCUAGGGCAAAACUCCAAUCGGCGCAGAAAUCGAUCGGGAUUAACUAACAAUGGCGGACAACGGCGAGGAGAAGCUCAUAGCUGUAGCCCGCCACAUAGCGAAGACCCUCGGCCACACGGACACCAUGACCGACGACAUCCUCAAGAUCUUCUCCAACUUCGACGGCCGCCUCCGCGAGAAGCUCACCGAGAAGCUCUCCGACGACGACGUCGAGCAGACGCUCAACUCCCUCGACCGCCAGAUCUCCCGCUACGUCAACGCCGACCGCCCUAUCUGGUCCAACUCCGCCGAUUCCGCCUCCUUCCUCGCCUCCGUCGACCAAUUGACCGCCGUCGUCCGCGAUUGGACCCCAAUCGCCGACGACAAGAACAUCUCCUCCUGCCUCGACCGCGCCGAGGAUCUCCUCCAGCAGUCCAUGUUCCGCCUCGAGGACGAGUUCCGAACCCUCGUCGAGCGCGGCGCCGAGUCGUACGACCUGACUCGGUCCGAGUCAACUCACCCCCACACCGACUACUCCUCGUCCGACGACGACGGCGGCGAUUUCGACGACGGGAGCCUCACCCCGGUAGCCCACCCCAUAACCGACUACGACAUCACAAUCGACGCUCUCCCGUCCGGCACCAUCAGAGACCUCCACGAGAUCGCGAAGAGGAUGGUGGCCGCCGGGUACGUGAAGGAGUGCUCGCACGCGUACAGCACGUGCCGGCGGGAUUUUCUGGAGGAGAGCUUUUCGAGGCUGGGUCUUUCGAAGCUCAGCAUCGACGAUGUUCACAGAAUGCAGUGGACCCAGCUAGAAGACGAAAUCGAGAAAUGGAUCAAAGCAAUGAACUUAGGUGUUCGAAUCCUCUUCCCCAGCGAACGCCGCCUCUGCGACCGCAUCUUCUUCACCUUAUCCUCCGCCGCCGACCUCUCCUUCAUGGAGGUCUGCAGGGGUUCCACCAUUCAGCUCCUCAACUUCGCCGACGCGGUCGCAAUCGGAAGCCGGGCCCCGGAGCGUCUCUUCAAGGUGCUCGAUGUUUACGAAACUGUGAGGGACUUGAUGCCGGAGAUCGAAUUAAUCUUUUCCGACCAGUACUGUUCGUCUCUGAGAAACGAAGCCGUAACUAUUUGGAAGAGACUCGGGGAAUCUAUCAGGGGAAUAUUCAUGGAGUUGGAGAAUUUAAUCAGGCGGGACCCGGCUAAAGACGCAGUUCCUGGAGGAAGAUUGCACCCCAUUACUCGAUACGUGAUGAAUUAUCUUCGGGCUGCGUGUAGGGCCCGUCAAACGUUGGAGCAGGUAUUUGAAGAGAGCGGCGGAAGCAAUCUUGACUACAGAAAGGGGAACGAUUCCUCGUCGUCUAGUUUAGCGGUGCAAAUGGAGUGGAUAAUGGAGUUGUUGGAGAGUAAUCUGGAGGCAAAGUCGAAGACUUAUAGGGAUUCCGCUUUGUGCUCGGUUUUCAUGAUGAACAAUGGGAGGUACAUAGUGCAGAAGGUGAGAGACAACGAUUUGGGGGUGCUGUUAGGCGACGAUUGGGUUAAGAAACACACGGCGAAAGUGAGGCAGUACCAUGUGAAUUAUCAGAGGAGUUCUUGGAGUAAGGUUUUGGGAGUUCUCAAACUGGACAACAAUUUUUCCGCGUCGCCCAAUCGGGGGUCCAAGAACUUGAAGGAGAAGCUGAAGUUGUUCAAUUCCUACUUUGAGGAGACAUGCAAGACUCAGUCCUCGUGGGUGAUAUUCGACGAUCAGUUGAGGGAGGAGUUGAGGAGUUCGAUUUCGGUUGCUUUGUGUAAUGCGUACCGUAAUUUUAUUGCGAGGCUGCAGAGUGUACCGGAUAUUAGCAAGAACGCGGAUAGGUAUAUCAGGUAUAGAGUGGAGGAUAUCGAGGCUCGGAUUAACGAGCUGUUUCAAGGGAGUGGGGGUGGAAGAAGGUGAGAGAGAGAGAGACGACGGAAGCUGGUAAGCAAUGUAUGUAUGUAUGUAUGCAUGUAAUCUUGUUUGAGUGUGUGUGUGUGUGUGUGUGUUUGUAUCAUACAGUGUAGCUAGCGGCUUGAAAGAUUUGUUGUUUGUGUGUGUGUGUAUUUAUGGCCUUCUGCUUUAAACUGGGAAACACGCGCCUUACACGUAAGAUUUGUAUCUUUAGAACUCAAGAAACGGUGAAUAUUCAUCGUAUUCGUAUAUGCUUAAAACCAUUAGAAAUUUUCUGCCUGCC